UUUUCUUUGUCAUUUUAUGUUGUAUGCAUGUGUGCACGUGUGUGUGUAUGUGUGUAUAUAUAUAUAUAUACACAUGAGCAUUUAAUAUCAUUAUAUGGGUCCACAGAUAAAUCAAUAGCAUCCUGUGAUAUAUUAGAGAAUCCUAAGUCACUUGCCAUUAAGACUGACUUAAUUGAAAAUAAGUACAAUGCUGGUAGCAUUGUCUGGGCAUAUAUUAAAGAUUUUCCAUGGUGGCCAGGUAUAAUUAAUGAUUGUCCUGAAACCUUUACAUACUAUAAAUUGCCUAAAAAUUCUCUUAAACCUAUCAGAUACUAUGUUACAUUCUUUACUGAGGGAAAACUUGAAUGUGCCUGGAUUCAUAAGCGAAACAUUAAACCAUUUGUAUCACAUAAUUACAAUGAACUUAUUAAUGAGACAAAAUUUCAUGGCAUUGAUUACGAACAACGCUUACAGAAAGCCUAUAAUACUGCUGCAAAUGCACUUUCAUUAUCAAUUUUAGAAAGAUUAAAGCAAUUCAGUUUUGUGGCACAAUAUGAAAAAGAUCACGAUAUUAACAAUAAUUUAAGUCAAUCAAUUAACAAUAUCACAAAACCAGAUAUUCUAUCACAAGUGGAUACAAAUUCAGAUGAUGAAAUACCUUGUUCAAAUCCCAUUAGAAGGCAAUUUACGUUAAAAGAGUACUAUUUAGGAGUAUUGUGUAAAAGUCGAGAUACACUAUAA